CUCCAUCAUCUUCCUCAAAAGGUUCUGCUAAUGGCGACGCCUAAGUUUACCAGAGUACCAAGCAUGCGAGAGCGUGUUGAAGACACUCUUUCCGCUCACCGCAAUGAUAUCGUCUCUCUCCUUUCCAGGUAUGUGGAUCAGGGGAAGGGCAUAUUGCAGCCUCACCACCUUCUCGACGAACUUGACAACAUCAUUGUCGAUCAGACUUCCCGCCAAAAGCUUGCGGAUAGUCCUUUCGGCCAAAUCCUCAACUCAGCGCAGGAAGGCAUAAUUCUUCCUCCGUACGUAGCUUUAGCKGUUCGUCCAAGACCCGGUGUUUGGGAAUUUUUGCGUCUGAACGUAAACGAACUAAGCGUAGAGCAGCUAACUGUUACUGAAUACCUUAUUUUCAAGGAGGAACUCGUGGAUGGGCGGAGUAGGAACCCUUUUGUGCUUGAACUGGAUCUCGAACCAUUUAAUGCUACAUUUCCUCGAAUGUCACGCUCUUCAUCCAUUGGCAAUGGAGUUCAGUUCCUCAACCGCCACCUCUCUUCAAUCAUGUUCCGAAACAAAGAUUGUAUGCAGCCGCUUCURGAUUUCUUUCGUGCCUACAAACAUAAAGGAUAUGCAAUGAUGUUGAAUGACCGGAUACAAAGCAUGUCUAGACUCGAGUCUUCUUUGGCAAAGGCGGAGGAUUAUCUUUCUAAGCUACCACCUGAUACAUCCUACUCUGAAUUUGAAUAUGCAUUGCAAGGAAUGGGGUUUGAAAGAGGUUGGGGGAAUAAUGCUGAAAGAGUUCUCAGUAUGAUGCGUCUCCUCUCUGAUAUUCUUCAAGCGCCUGAUCCCUCCAUUCUUGAAAAUUUUCUUGGAAAGAUACCAAUGGUCUUCAAUGUUGUCAUAUUAUCUGUGCAUGGUUACUUUGGGCAGGCGAAUGUUUUGGGUUUGCCGGACACUGGUGGCCAGGUUGUAUAUAUAUUGGAUCAAGUGCGUUCCUUGGAGAAUGAGAUGUUACUUAAAUUAAGGCAGCAAGGACUGGAUAUCAACCCUAAGAUUCUGAUUGUGAGUCGAUUGAUACCUGAUGCCAAAGGUACUUCAUGCAACCAACGGUUGGAAAGAGUCGUUGGAACUGAAUUUGCCUAUAUAUUGCGUGUUCCUUUUAGGAAUGAGAAAGGGAUUCUUCGUAAAUGGAUCUCAAGGUUUGAUGUAUGGCCUUAUUUGGAGGCGUUUACAGAGGAUGCAGCAAACGAAAUUGCUGCCGAGUUGCAGGGUGUUCCAGAUUUGAUUAUUGGAAAUUACAGUGAUGGGAAUCUAGUUGCCUCCUUACUAUCUUACAAAAUGGGAGUAACCCAGUGUAACAUUGCACAUGCCUUGGAGAAAACAAAAUAUCCGGAUUCCGACUUAUAUUGGAAGAAAUUUGAAGAGAAGUACCACUUUUCAUGUCAAUUUACUGCCGACCUUCUAGCCAUGAACAAUGCCGAUUUUAUCAUCACCAGCACGUACCAAGAGAUUGCAGGAACGAAGAAUACUGUUGGACAGUACGAGAAUCAUUCAGCUUUCACUCUUCCAGGCCUGUACAGGGUKGUUCAUGGUAUUGACGUCUUCGAUCCAAAGUUCAACAUUGUGUCCCCAGGGGCAGACAUGACCAUUUACUUCUCAUAUUCUGAAAAGGAGAGACGGCUUACAUCACUACAUAGCACAAUUGAGAAGUUAUUGUACGACCCUGAGCAGAAUGAUGACCAUGUUGGCAAUAUAAGUGACCCGUCUAAACCCAUGAUUUUCUCCAUGGCAAGGCUUGACCAUGUGAAAAAUAUAACGGGUCUGGUGGAGUGCUAUGCCAAGAAUACUAAGCUGAGGGAGCUGGCAAACCUUGUUUUGGUUGCUGGUUACAAUGAUGUGAACAAGUCCAGUGACAGAGAAGAAAUUGCAGAAAUUGAGAAAAUGCAUAAGCUUAUCAAACAAUACAAAUUGGGUGGUCAGAUGAGAUGGAUAUCAGCCCAAACAAAUCGAGCUCGAAACGGUGAACUGUAUCGAUAUAUUGCCGAUGGAAGGGGCAUUUUCGUCCAGCCUGCAUUCUAUGAGGCUUUUGGACUUACGGUAGUGGAGGCCAUGACCUGUGGCCUCCCAACAUUUGCYACAUGCCAUGGUGGUCCAGCUGAGAUUAUUGAAGAUGGUGUGUCAGGGUUCCAUAUUGAUCCGUAUCACCCUGACAAGACAUCUGCUACAAUGGCUGAUUUUUUUGUCAAGUGCAAGGAGGAACCUAGUUACUGGGUGAAGAUAUCGGAGGGUGGCCUUAAACGAAUAUGUGAAAGGUACACAUGGAAGAUCUACUCUGAACGGUUAAUGACAUUGGCGGGAGUUUACAGCUUCUGGAAGUAUGUGUCAAAACUGGAGAGGCGUGAAACUCGACGAUAUCUUGAGAUGUUUUACAUUCUAAAGUUUCGUGAACUGGUGAAGUCCGUUCCAGUAGCUGGUGAUGAGGAGGCGCAUCAUGUGAAUAGUGAGCAGAGUGGGUGAUGAAGAAGCCUCCAUUCCUCCAUGUCCAUGGUAUGAUCGUUU